AUGGAAGCGCUUCCAUGCGAACUCGUCGAUGCGAUCAUCGACGACGUCAUAUGGGCCCAUCCGAUCGAUAGGUCUGCGCUGCGCAAUCUCCGCCUGGUCAAUAAGUAUUUUGCGAACGCGACCGCUCCAUUCCUCUUCCGUUAUCUCUCCGUCUGGAUCGGCGUCGACAGCCUCAGGAGACUGACGGACUUAUCUAACACCACUGAGAUUGCACAGUAUGUCCAAUGCAUCAAUUUCUCUACAUUACGCCUAGACAAUGUUGACCAUGUCGACCCUGUUGACGGUCUUCCCGAGCCAAUGCGGAGGGGGUUUCGGGAUUACUUCCCAGAAAGCAAAACCUCAUCUGGCCAUCUGUUCGAACUCCUUGACAAUCGGGAAUGGCCCUCAGAGAUUUACCGUGAUCUAGACAUUCUCUAUGACACUGAGACUGGUCAGAAAAUUGGGUGCGAGAUCCUUCGACGAGCAUUCCGCCGCUUGCCGAAUGUCAUUCAAGUGAAUCUCUUUCUUUCAAGUCACGCGAUUGGCGCAAAUGACGUCAAAUCUGUCAUCAGCAGUAGUGAUGGCAAAGAUUAUUGUUGGGACCCUGAGAAAACCUUCCCUCUUCUCCUACAGGCUAUCGGAGACUUGCCUAACCCGCUGCGCGACUUUCGGUUGCUGCGUCAUCACAUUGCCCAGAAGCGUGGCCCACAGGAGGAUCUAGCAGACAAAGACCCAUUAACCACAGGUUUACGAAGCCUUAGAGAUUUCACAGACUCAACACAUUGGCAAGGCCUAGAAGAUCUGAACUUGCGCUUUCUUGAUGUUGGCUAUCAUGAAGAGGAUACGGACGCAAUGGUUUCUCUCUACAACGAAGUAGUGGUCAGCGUCGUUACGCGUGCACCUGCCCUACAAGACCUGAUGCUUUCAUUUGCAGGGUCGUUUCGCUCAUGGUUUGGAGAAGCCGAAGAAAGAUUGUCCAAAUCGCUUAGCCACUUACACCUAAAAACACUUCGUGAAUUCAGAGUCGAUGGUGCAACUUGGCUUGACGUCACGGGACUAUUGGGCUUCUUUAACCAAUACGCAUCUACAUUGGUACUAAUCGAUAUUGAGUGCGUCGAAGAAGUUGAUGAUGAGAUCAUGGGGGGCACACAAAUCUGGGUUAAUUUCCUCAGGGAUAUCAGCAAAAUAUCUUUCGCAGCUCUUGACGCACUGCGGAUCACACUGAGUGAUCUAAAUGCAGAUUUUGAGGCCUCAGAUUAUGUACUUGGAAUUACGGACACCAACCCGAUUGAAUUACUUUUCCCUCCGGAAAAUGAUAGCAAUGAAGACGGGUCUGCAGAUCAUGAUACAGAUUCAGAGUACGACGACGCGGCCUCAAGUCAGUUUGCAGAGUACGACACAGACCCCUUGGGUAUGGAUUAA